GGCGGCUUCGCAGCCACACUCGGGUUCCCACCGGCGCUGGGGCUGCCGGUCCCUCCGACCCCUCCGAGCCCGGCGCCCAGCACCGCCGCCGGCAUGCGGGUGAGUCCGCUCCGAGGCCACGCCCACCCGGACGGGGUCCGAGCCGAGGCCCCUCCGGCCGGCCCUGCCCCUCACCUGGGAGAAGAGAGCCUCCGGAUCCUGGUGGGGACCGAAGGGGACAGCCUCCUGCUGAUGGACAUCAAUACCACUGAGACCGAGGCCUCUGAGCCAUGGGACUAUGUCCUUGUGGCUGAUCGUUGCACCCAGAGAAACCCCAGGCAGGUCCAGCGGCAGCAGCAGUUCCUGGAAGAGCUCGAGAGGAAGGGCUUCUGCUACAAGGCGAGGGAGGACCAGGAGAAGGUGUUCUUUGGGAUCCGAGCUGACAACCGGGUCUUUGACCGCUACCGCAGACUUCUCAUGGAGCCCGAGGCUACCGCCCCCAGAGGGGAGCUGGCCGGGCCAACUUCCAUCCCAGCCACCACCAGAAUCCGAAUUGUCAACUUUGUGCUGAACAGCAAGAUGGCAGCUGGUGACACGCUCCAGGAUUUGGUGAAGGAUGGGGUCUUUGAGGCCGGGUUUCCCCUACACAAGGGGGAGGAAGACCUAAAGAAGAAAUGGGCCCGGUGGAGAAACAUGUUCCAGCAGCAGCCAAUUGGUGACAUCAGGAACUACUUCGGUGAGAAGGUGGCCCUGUACUUCGCCUGGCUCGGCUGGUACACCUACAUGCUGGUGCCCGCCGCGGUGGUGGGCCUCAUCAUCUUCCUGAGCGGGUUUGCCCAUUUCGAAGCCAGUCAGAUCAGCAGGGAGAUCUGUGAGGCCCACGACGUCUACAUGUGCCCUCGCGGCGACCACAACCCCAGGUACCAGCGGCUCUCAGAAACCUGCGCCUUCGCCAAGCUCACCCACCUCUUCGACAACGAGGGCACCGUGCUGUUCGCCAUGUUCAUGGCGCUGUGGGCCACCGUGUUCCUGGAGUUGUGGAAGCGGGAGCGAGCCCGUGUGGUCCUGCAGUGGGACCUGUACGGGUGGGACGAGGACCAGGAGGAAAUGGCGCUGGGGCUCAUUGCCUGCCCUGACUACCAGCCCCGGCUGCACCAGCACUCCUACAUGCGGAGUACCGUCAUCCUGCUGCUGUCUCUGUUGAUGAUCUGCCUGAUGAUAGGCAUGGCCCACGUCCUGGUGAUCUACCGCGUCCUGGCCGCUGCCCUUUUCAGCUCCGCCUUCCCCUUCCUGGGGGAGCAGGUGACCACGGCCGUGGUGGUGACCGGGGCCCUGGUUCACUACGUGAGCAUCCUCGUCAUGACCAAGAUCAACAAAUACGUGGCACUGAAGCUUUGCGACUUUGGUGAGAGGAGGGCGCCCCUGAGCCCCUCUCUGGCUACUGGAGGGAAGAUUCAGGAGAAGCCCAGGACCUUCUCAGAGCGAGAGAGCAAGUUCACCAUCAAGUUCUUCACUCUGCAGUUCUUUGCUCACUUCUCCUCCCUUAUCUACAUUGCCUUCAUCCUGGGCAGGAUCAAUGGUAACCCCGGGAAGUCCGUGCGCCUGGCAGGGCUGUGGAAGCUGGAGGAGUGCCAUCUCAGCGGCUGCAUGAUGGACCUGUUCGUGCAGAUGGCCAUCAUCAUGGGUCUGAAACAAACGCUCAGCAACUGCAUGGAGUACCUGGGCCCGUGGCUGGCCCACAAGUGUCGCUCGAUGCGAGCCACGUCCCAGGACCCCGAGCUGAGGCACUGGCAGCGCAACUACCGCCUGAACCCGGUCAACACCUUCAGCCUGUUCGGCGAGUUCAUGGAGAUGAUGAUCCAGUACGGCUUCACCACCGUCUUCGUGGCCGCCUUCCCGCUCGCCCCGCUGCUGGCGCUCUUCAGCAACCUCGCGGAGAUCCGCCUGGACGCCAUCAAGAUGGUCCGGCUGCAGCGGCGCCUGGUGCCCCGCAAGGCCAAGGACAUCGGGACCUGGCUGCUGGUGCUGGAGAUAAUCGGCAUGCUGGCGGUCAUUGCCAACGGGAUGGUCAUCGCCUUCACAUCUGAGUUCAUCCCCCGAGUGGUGUACAAGUACCGCUAUGGCCCGUGCCGACAGGGGGCCCACCCUGCAGUCGACUGCCUCACGGGCUACGUCAACCACAGCCUGUCCGUGUUCUACACCAAGGACUUCCAGAAUCCUGUCGAAAUAGAGGGCUCAGAGAAUGUGACCGAGUGCAGGUACCGGGACUAUGGCGCCGCCCAGAACUCCAACUUCACUGAGCAGUCUUGGUUCCUCCUGGCCAUCCGCCUGGCCUUCCUCAUCCUCUUCGAGCACGUGGCCUUAUGCGUCAAGCUCAUUGCUGCCUGGUUUGUGCCUGAUGUGCGUCAGUCGGUGAAGAAUGAAGUCCUGAAGAAGAAGCACCAGAGACUUGGGGAGGCGGGGCUGCCGGGGCCUGGGGUGGGGCCUGGCCCUGAGUCCCGAAGUACCAGAGACUCCGGCCCGAGAGCACAGACGUGGAGCGGGCCCAGAGCCGGUCAAGAGGCCAAGACGCAGAGCUGCUGCCACCACCACCACCCACCCCAGCCCUGGCUGUGUGUGUGUGUGGGCGGGCUUUAAGAAGACCCGCGUAUAUGUGGGGGUCCUGGGAGCCCCUGUAUGUUUGGGGUGUCUGUGAGCUGCACACCUGCCCAUGGUCUGUGAGGCCUGUUCCACCUGUGACGGCUCAGGCUUGGUACUGCCUGACUUGAACUCUGAGUGACCCCUGCCACCCAGAGAACUGGGGC